AUGGACCACUCUCGAUGGCGCGGAUGGUUCCGCGAGCGUGCGAGCGUACUGAGCAUCGGGAUUGCGCCACUCUCGGGCUCAUGGGAGAAUCCGCGAGGUGCAGACGCAGGAUUGCGCCGUUACUCCUACUUCCAGUCUCAGUCGAGAAGAAACCGAAAGAAAAAGGUGAUAAAUAUGAUAAAAAGGAGGUUUUAUAGGAUGGAACAUGGUAACAGGGAUGAUCCGUCUGGAUCGUCUUCUUCUGACGAUGAUGACUCUGAAGUUGGAGGGGAUGCCGCAGACGAAACGGAUAUUGAAGACGACGAUGAUUAUGAGGUAGAAGAAGAAGAAGAAGAAGGAGAUGAUGAAAAAGGAAAUGCUGGGUCAGAUGAUAGAGAAAAGGGAGAAGCUUCGUCUUCUUCUGGUUAUGAGAGCGAGGAUAGUUCAGCCAAUGAAGUUAAUCUUGACUCAUCAGGUUUACCUACGAGUGACGAUGAUGUGAUAGCUCAAGACAGCAGGAAAAAUGGUGGGGUGGACAAUAUACUUGCCGCGGUCGAGCAGGGUCCUAACAAGGCUCUUAUUGAUACUACGGACUGUGUUUUAAAGUGUAAAUCAGUUUUCAAGUGCAAGCUAUGCCCUAGGAUUGUCUGUCUGUCUGAGGAAACCUUAAAGGCUCAUCUGAACUCCAAGGCAAGUAAAAACAUUUCCUUUAGACAUGCCCGUUCUGAGAAGUUACGUAAAGAGGGAAGACUUAAGCUUAUGCUCAACGAUGAUGGGGAAAUUGAAGCUGAGACCCAUUCUGAUGAUCCCAUUACAACAGCCGUCUCUGGAGAUGGACAGGAGUCGGCCAAGCCAAAGAAAAAGAGAAAAGGACCAUGGAAACAUCGGAAAAGAUCAGGACAGGAAACAAAGUCGGGGAAACAAAGACCAUCGAAAGAUAAGCGGAUGAAGAAAGGGAAGAAUGAAUGA